AUGGCGACAGGAUGCGUCGUCACAAGACGCUACAACACGAGACUUUAUACGCGGACCAAGAUCGGCUCCUGGCUCUGCUUGCCGACUGAACUUCGCAUCAUUAUUCUGGAGACAUUUGCACGCUACGAGCAUCCUGGCUGGUCGACACUUGCCUCUGUAUGCAGAGAAUGGCAGUACAUUAUCGCGACGAAAAACCUCCGUAAACUGGAACUCCGCUCAUCCUGUCUAGAGAGUUUUGGACGACUCAUUACUUUGCAACGAGAUUUCGUCCGCCACAUCUGGCUCAACGUUGUCGUACAGAACAACACAUGUCCGCAUUACCAGUUCUCCCAACAAAACGGACCUCUCAUCGUCAGCGCAAUCCGGAAGAUAUUUUCAAUCCUCAGUAAAUGGAAGCCAGGGAGAGGGUUGACUCUGGAGCUACACGCGCAUCGUCCAAGCGACCAGGACCGUUUCUUCAAGGGGUUUUAUUUCGCCACCGACCACGAGGGCGAAGUCGGUUCUGGGGCUUCUCAUCCCAAGUGGCAUCAUCCACUUCAUAGAUGGUUCGAUCGCUACAGUUUUGGACCUCCAACCAGAUCAGCCAUAUCCGGCCUUUUCGAACAGAUUACGCUCAAUUUCGGUCAGCAGAAGCUCCCCCGCGCCGAGGUUGUGACACGCCUCAUCCCUUCCUGGUCUACGGCACAUGGUGUACGAGCCGUGGCGGGGGUGGGAGAAUUUGCGGGCGAGCAGAGCCGAUAUGGCCUACUGUUCCAGCAGAGUCUCCCUGCAACAGUCAAGACAUUGACUGUGUUUGAAGAUUUCAACGAGAAAAUCGCGGAGGCACUGGUCCGCAACGACAGCGUGGCCUGGCACAGCAGUGUGGCCCGCCACCGGAUCGCAGAUCCGGUUUUGGGUGCUAUUUUUGCCUCUAAAAGCCGCAAACUUGAGCGUCUCUCCGCGUCCUUCUUGGUCGACGCCGGGGACUUCUUUGAUUCCUGCAUCAAGCAACUCGGGGCCUGGCGCCGCUUAGAGACUCUGGCCCUGACAGUUCGACUCUUCCAGGAAGAAACGCCCCACCAAGAGAUCAAUGAUCUCCUACUCAAAGCCAGCGAGGUAGCAGUACGGAUGCCUAAGUUGCGUACCUUGGUGCUCUGGAACGGCGCCAGAGGGAAUGCGUGCGCUUUCAUAUUCCAAGCGAAGCACGGCUGCGCAUUUCUCACCUGGCGCGGCACGUGGGAUCACGAGAUAAGCCGUAGGGUCGAGGAGGGAUGGGAGCAAGCUGCGUCGCGGAUCCAUUCGUGUUCCGUCACGACCAAAAAGGAGAGAAUUCGGGGCCAAGUGUCGUCGCACGGCGAUGCUAUUCACCUGUUAAACUUGCCCUGCCAGGUGGUCGAGCCUGCAUCCCUGUGGCAAAUCCGAAGGGAGGGAGCAUUGCCCACACUGUAA